CCAGUCGCUGGCUGAACACCGUGCAGGUCUAUCGUGUAUAUAAACAUGCUCUCGACUGAAGCUCUUCGGACUCCGCUGGGCAUGCUUGUCCUGCUGCUGACUGUCUUGGAUACCGCCGACACCCAUGUGGCCUUCACAUCCUCCAGCACACAUGGCAUCUUUGCGGCACUCGCUGUGCCCCUGGAGAUUCCGCAUCGCAACGUUUUUGUGUCGUACAACUUUGAGGCCAACUACAAUUUACCCGCCAACUGGGGGAAGUUUACACUAUUUCAAAACGGUCCCAUUGAGUCGGAGGAGCUGGAGGUGGAGGCAGCUCCAGAAGAUGAAGAAGCAGAGGUGGAGUCUGCACGGAAGAUAAAAGGGGAUUGCCAGAACUGUACCAGCGAGCAGGAGGCGGUAGAGGGGACUGCCACAGAGCAGGAGACAGCAGAGGAGACUCCCAUUCAUCCAUCCCGUCAAAGUCGCGCUCUGAUCACACGCUCCAACAUCUAUCGCAUAUUCGUGGACAAGUUGCAAAGAAGCGGCUUCCAGGGCGAGGCCUGCCUGCUGCGCCUCAUCUGCGAGACGAGCGCCGCGGAGCUGAACGAGCUGAACGGCGUUUUGGGCAGCCUCAUGCAUGUGCUCUUCAGUCCCAGCACUUCGGAGUCGGAGCAGCUGCCUCUGCGCUACUAUCAGGCGGAGCACGAUGGCUGGCACGACAGCUGCCACCACUACCAUCCAGACUGUGGGGAGAGUGUUCUGGAACUGAUAUCGGAGCCCUUUGAGACGAUUCUGCAGCGAAAGCAUCACAUGUAGUGCCUGAAAAACAAAAAUAAAAGCAACUGCCAACCGUUUGGCCUGAUUCGUA